CCCGGAAAUGGAGCUGGAGUGCCGCAUCUGCCUGGCCCUGCCUGCUCUGAUCGGAUCCAGCACUUCCAGGCUUCUUGAGCCAGCGGUGACAGCUGAGGCCAUGUGAGUCUGAUCCUGAAUGAGGCUUUAUCUCUGCUCUCGGUCCCACCAUCCACUGUGGCAUCAGCUCCUUCGGCCAGCCGGGAUGGGACAGGCAACUGAGAGAGCCAGAGAGGUGAUGGUGACCAUACCCUGGACUGGGAGAGGAACGGGACUCUGGGCCUCUAGCUGCCAAGCAGGUGGUGGGGGGCUCUAGGCCAUGACCCGCACCCUGUAGCCCUGACGCUGCGCUCUGCCCUCUACCCCGCCCGCCGCCAUGUCUGAAGGAGAGGCUCCGGCCGGCGGGGCCGGGGGGCUGCCCCCAGACAUGCUGGCAGAGCAGGUAGAGCUGUGGUGGUCCCAGCAGCCGCGGCGCUCCGUGCUCUGCUUCACUGUGGCCGUGGUCCUGGUGGCGGGCUGUGGGGCGGGGGGCGUGGCACUGCUGUCCUCCACCAGCAGCCGCUCGGGCGAGUGGCGGCUGGCGACGGGCACUGUGCUCUGCCUGCUGGCCCUGCUGGUUCUGGUCAAGCAGCUGAUGAGCUCAGCCGUGCAGGACAUGAACUGCAUCCGCCAGCCCCAGCACGUGGCCCUGCUGCGGAGCGGGGGAGGGGCCGAUGCCCUCGUGGUGCUGCUCAGCGGCCUGGUGGUGCUGGUCACCGGCCUGACCCUGACUGGGCUGGCUGCCGCCCCUGCCCCGGCCCGGCCACUGGCCGCUAUGCUGUCGGUGGGCAUCGGCCUGGCUGCCUCGGGCUCGCUUUUGCUGCUGGGCUUGCUGCUCUAUCAGGUGGGCGUGCAUGGACACUGUCCCCCUCGCCAUGCGGCCGCCCCCUCCAGCCACGGCGACCACAGGGGCAACGGCGGCAUCUUCAGCAUCUCAGGCCAGCUGUCUGCCGGCCAGCGUCACGAGACCACAUCCAGCAUUGCCAGCCUCAUCUGACCGAAUUCCCCUUUUCGGCCACCUGCCUCAGCGGCCACAGAGCUGUGCCGGGGUGUGAGCGGGCGUGAGUGGGUGUGUGCUUGCACGUACAUGUGCAGAAGAGUGUGUGUGAGUAUGUACGUCUCCCCAGGACUUGUGCUGUGGGACCACGUGUCCCCAUGCCACAGGAAGGCGUGGGGUGUCUCCUCAGAACUGGGGGUCUGUGACCAUGGAAUGGUCAGUCUACCUGUCCCUCUCGAGUCCCUGAAGAUUCUUGGCCCCUAUUCCCAACACCCCUCAGAUGCCACCCUGCCUUGUGACACCUAUCAGGGACUUCCAGGAGUGACUGUUACCUGCCUAGCCCGGAAACCAUCCCGGUGGCUCUUCACUGAGGAGAGUAACUGGUGACAAAGUGGAAAGAACACGGGCUCCACGAUGUGCCAGGACUGGACUGGAACCCCCUCCGCCCAUCUACCACUCACCAGCUGGGGGCCUGGGGCAAGUGACUUAACUUCACUGAGCUUCAGUUUCUGGAGAGUCACAGUCGUGGUCAUGGAAAUCGGUCGUGAGGGCCACAUGCCAUCGUGUAUGGAAGGACCAGGCACAUGGCAGGUGUGCAAUAAAAGUGGUGGCCG